AUGAAAUCCAUAAAUCCCCAACUCCGUAAAAAGGGCCUAGAGAUGGUCUUGGAACCCUCCGUCGACCCGGCGUUUGGACCCGUCUACACUUUCCAGUCAGUCAAACCCGGUAUGACGAACAACGACGUGGCGUACCGGCUGUAUUACGCCGGGGAGGUGUGCAAGUGGAGUGCAACCAGGCGGAAAGCCAUCGACAAGGCUGCGAAGAAGAUCAAGGCCAGGAAGGAGAAGGAGGAAAGAGAGAGGAGCCGUGCGGCGAGCAAGAGCGCCACUUCGAGUUCCGGCUCGAGUUCCAGGUCGAGUUCGAGCUCGAGUCCGAGUGAGAGUGAAAGUGGGAAGCGGUGA